AUGGUAUAGGUCAUGGAUUCUUACCUAGGAGUUUAUAAUACCUCUUCUAUAAUAUAGGUUCAAGAUUAGAAUAAAUCAGCUGACGAAUAUUAUAAACUGGUAAAUCAACUCACUUCAUAAACUUUAUAGAGCUCAAAUAUAUAAGUCACUAACUAACUAGUGAUUUUAAGCAUCAUAGCAGAAGACAUUAGUAAAAACAAUUAACUUUCAUAGCAAAUGAAUGAUUUAGAAACACUACUGAUUUAAAAUAUAUAGCAACUCUCUUUCUAAAUACCUAAAUUCUCCCUUUUGUCUACAUUUGCGAACAAAGUAACUGCUUAGCUAUCAUAACUACUCUUUAGCUCAUCUUAAUAAAACAAUGUUACCACAUAGAAAAAUAAAAUAUUUGGUUAACU